GCCCUCGAUGCUAUGUAGCUUGAUCCGACAACGUUUGAUUUUCUCAUUCUUACUAACAUGGGUUUCGCAAAAGCGGUCUUGUUUAUCUUCAACUUCAUUUAUUUGGGUGUUGCUGCAGCUAUCAUUUUUGUGGCAGUAUGGUUUAUUAAGAGAUAUAGUGACAUCACCAAGAUUACAACAGAUGAAUACACACUGGUACCCUGUGGAAUUUUGGUUGGAGUGGGAGUCCUGAUCUUUAUUACUGCUUUGUUUGGAUGCUGUGGAACAUGUAGUGACAACAAAUGCUGCCUUUCAACAUUCUUUGUACUGUUGCUCAUUGUAUUUACAUUGGAGGUUACAGUUGGGGUUCUGGGCUUUGUCUACAAAGAUAAGGCUCGAGGAUUUGUAAACGAUGGUUUUGUUGAUGCCAUAAAGAAGUAUGAUGAUAAACAUUCAACCUUGGAUAAAGCUAUAGAUGAUCUCCAGAAAGAUUUGAAGUGUUGUGGCAGUAAUCACCCAGCUGAUUGGAUGGCUUCACCAUACUUCAAGAAACAUCAUUUGCAAUAUCCUGAAUCCUGCUGUGAUCCAGGUCAACUGGUUUGCACUCAAUUGAACUGUUACAAUGAGGGCUGCUUGGACAAACUGACUGAAGAGGUUAAGGACAACCUCAGCUAUAUCCUGGGCACUGCUAUUGGACUUGCUGUGCUGCAACUGCUUGGAAUGAUUGGAGCAUGCUUCUUGAUGUGCUGUAGCCAUGAGUCUGGUUACCUGAGACUCGAGGGAGGGUUACGAGUCUGAUCAGUGCAAUCAGACUCGUGUUGAUUGAAUUAAGUUGGCUGCUCAAGUUAACUGAUAGAUAAAUGUAUUUGAGCAUUUUUCUUGUUUAUUACAGUAGGGGAUGUACUUAGUAUCCAUUCCUGAAAGUUACAUGUAAAUUAUGUAGCUUAAAGGGCCUAGUUUGAAUUAAUGUGCUUGCACAACUUUAAUUGAUAUUGUAAGGUUCAAUGUAGGAUUUUAAUCAAUAGAAAUUGUACAGCUCAUUACUAUGUGCUCCUGGGAUGAAUCGUGAUUUUUUUGUGCGUCUUUAUGUUUAAACUCUUGCCUUUGGAAUCUUCUUUGUGCCGCCUUUGUCCCUUUGUAUGGAAUUUUUUGUUAAGAAUUUCAAAUUUCCCGAUGGUCUUCACACAAACAUAAAAUGCUGUCAAAUCCUUCCACAAAUGACAGAUAAUUCCUUUCAUGCCUUUACCAUAACUUUCACAGUUCCCAGAAGAUCAGUGGAAAUGAUUUCCUCACGGAAACCAACUUUGAAAAUUGGACCCUCUAUCUAAAAAUCAAAUCACCGGUCCGCACAUGCGCAGAAGUGUGUAACAGGCCCUUUGUAAAAUUUAUUUAAUAUUUUAGUAACUGUUAACUAAAAACGCAGGUCUUAAAAUUUGAAUCCCUAGUUACGAUCAUUUUGGACUAUGAAAUUGUUCACACUUUGGCUAAUACUAAGUCAAAUUUCUUGUCAAAAACGUUUUUUGUGAAUCAAGAUACCGGGACUUUGACUGUGAGUUACUUUAAAUUUGACUACGUUCUACAAAGGCAUGUUUUGUUGCUAGAAUUUUGGGCGGAGUUUAACUUUCCAGUAAAGUAAUUACCAGAAAAUAGCGUGAACAAGCAUCUUAAGCGUUUCCGUGUGCUUUAUACAAUAAUCAACAGAGUCGUGUUUAUAUAUGCUAUUAAAUACUGAAAGCAAACUUGGUCUUUGUAAGCAUUAUUGACGACAAAUAGAAAUUAGUGUAAUUUAUUGAAGAAUACACAAUAAAGGGAAAUGUCAUGGGGA